AGAUUGUGUUCUUUUUUCCGGUUUGAGCUAUCUUGAUCGAAUCUGGAGAGAAUCAACAAAUCGAUGGAUUUACCUGAAGAAUGUUGGGAAUUGAUCUGCAAAGCUAUCGAUGAAGAUGAUUAUCGAUUCCUGGAAUCUGUUUCACUCGUAUCAACCAUGUUCCUCUCAAUCACCAAUCGCGUUCGCUCUACUUUCGUCGUCACCGAUCGAACUGUUCCUUUCCUCAAUCGCCAUCUCCUUCGAUUCCGGAACUUGAAGCGAAUCAGGUUCUCUGAUUUCAAUCAGGAUCUCAAUUCGAUUCUUCUCCAGGUUUCGCGUUCCGGUUUGGAUUUCGAAUCGGUAGAUGUUUCGCAAAUGAGGUAUUUUCCAGAUUUUGAGAAAUCGGGGACGAUGAUGAAGAAUGUCAAGGAAUUGAAAUGUUAUGGAGUUGGGGGUUUUCGAGAUAGCGAUCUGGUUUCGAUCGGAGUGAAUUUUCCGUUCCUAGAGAAGCUGGACAUAAGCUAUCCUAAUUCUAUUCCGAGUCGAGUCUCGGAUUCUGGUGUUAUCGAGCUUUCGUCGAAUCUCAAGGGUUUGUUGAAGAUUAACAUUUCUGGUAAUAGUUUCAUCACAGAUAAAUCUUUGAUUGCUCUCUCGCAGAAUUGUGUUCUCUUGAGAGAGAUAAUCUUCCGUGACUGCGAUUUCAUUUCGUCGGAUUGCAUCAAAUUCGUUCUGCGCAAUUCGCGGAACUUGGAGUCUCUAGCGAUCAACGGAAUCGGAUUGAGGCCGAGGGAGUCUUUAUCAAGCGAUGCUUUCUUGUUUGCUCGUUGUUUGACUGAGCUUGAUCUUUCGGAUUCAUUUCUAUCCGAUGAGUUGCUUUGUUUGAUUGCUGAUGCCAAGUUACCUCUAAAGAAGCUUCUUCUCUCCGAUUGCCAUGGUUUUACUUUUGAUGGGAUCUUGUAUCUGCUGGCUAAGUACCAAACACUAGUUCACUUGAACCUUAAAGGAGCAAAUUUCCUCUCUGAUGAGAUGGUUAUGGAAUUAGGGAUGUUCUUUCGGAGUUUAACCUUUUUGAACCUUAGUUUCUGUUCCAAGCUAACUGGUCUAGCAUUCUUUAGUAUCAUUGAAAGAUGUGUUUCCCUGAGGUGCAUGAUAAUGGUAGGGACGAACUUUGGAGUCGAAGAAUAUUCCAAGGAACUGGAUAUCAAGUCAGGGAUCAAGUUUUUGUACUUAUCUAGAAACCACAAUUUGCGCGAUGAGUGUCUCAAGAAAAUAUCACGGCAUUGCCCUUUUUUAGAAAGUCUUGACGUGGCUCAGUGUCCUGGCAUCACGAGAGAUGGGAUUCUUGAAGUUUGGAGGAAUUGUGGUGAGCUAAGAUCUCUGGAUAUCAGCAGAUGCACUGGCAUAAGGAGUCUUGGUGUAGUAGACUUUGAGCUUCCAAAGUUGGAGUCUUUGCGAGCAUGUGGAACUUGGAUCGAUGACGAAGCCUUGGAUAUGAUCAGCAAAAGAUGUAGAGGGUUGUUGCAUCUUGAUCUGCAAGGAUGCUUGAAUGUGAGUUCAAGAGGGGUGAAGAAAGUUGUGCAGAGUUGCAUACGCUUAAGAGAGAUAAACCUUAAGUAUUGUGAAGCUGAUAAUAAAAUGUUCACUUGGAUGGUUUUUGCGAAUCCAUCUCUUAGGAAAAUCGUACCGCCAUGUGGUUUUUCUCCAACUAAAAAACUCGAGAACUUCUUGCUGCGUCAUGGAUGUGUAAUCUCCCAGGAUUCUUCUGAGUUGCUUUCUAUAGCAUACCGUGCCAAUGGAAGAGAUGAUGACACAUUGACUAGACUGAUUAUUUGAGCUGAGAAAGUCAGAUUCAUUUGUGAAGAAAAAGAUAUCAGCAUAAUGGUUUGAAUGGAGAAACAGGGGUUAACCUUUCUUUGGGUUUAUAUUUUUCACUUUCGUUGUAAUAAAAUUGUCAAGCCAAA